AUGUGGAACGAUGUACCGGUGUACGAGUCAGUACUAGAACCCUGCCUGCUUCGAGAUGCCAAGCUAAAACUUUCGGUUCUUUUGCAGAUAAUGGAAGCUCGGGACAUACCGUACAGCAUUUGUGAAGAUUGCAAUUGCAAGCUGAAAGAUUUUGCUACGUUUCGUAAGGUUUGUCUAACCAACGAUGAAAUAUUUAGAAAGUUGUUCCCAAUGGUGUUUGAGGACGGCGCUGAGCCUGACCACCAGGAUGGAAGCUUCACACAACCGGGCAGGUACGAGCUAGAUGAGAAACAGCAGGAAAUUUCUGACCACAGCGGGUAUGUUGCAUCGUAUGAGAGUCCAUCGUUGGAAAGUUUUGUGCAGAAAAUCGAGUAUCUAGAGAAUGAUGAUGAUUUAUCGGACUGUACUGGUGGUGAGCACAGUUCAAAGCUUGAAGGUGAACUAGAGAUUGACGAGAAACUGGAGGACGGGAACCGUCGACUUUCAGCAUGUGUAAAAGAUGAUUCUGACCAAGAAAAUGAACAGCAGCUACCAUCCAAAUAUGAGGUUCAUCCUCAAGAUGCUUUACCUUAUUCUAUACAAAGAGCGAACCAUGACAAUACACCCAAUUCAGCACAGCAUGAUGGUAACAUUCAAUCCGGUAAUAAGGCCAGCAGAAAGCGGCUAUGCCCAAUCUGUGGCAAACUGGUGUACGACAUUUCCGACCACAAACUAUCACACACAAACGAGAAAAAGUAUGCUUGUCCGCACUGUUCCAUGGCUUACAGUCGUAAAGCAUAUUUGAAGAUUCACAUCCAAUCCGUACACCAGAAAAAGGUGGUCAAAACGUGUGAUAUAUGCAAUCAGGAUUUCGCGUACAAAACUGGUUACGACGCACAUAUGCGAGCACGACACAACAUCGGGAAAUGGUACGAAUGUAAGCCAUGCAACAUGAAAUUCCGCCAUCCGGGAGGACUGCGAAACCACAACAAUCGUAAGCACAAUGAGGGCAGUAAUUGCGAGUGUCCCGUGUGCGGGUUGAAGUUUCUAGACAAGUAA